GAAUAAAAAAACGAAGAAUCGUUUAUAAGUGCCAGUUUUGUUGCGAAAAUUUUUUCUUUCAAUUUUUAUAUUUAAUUUCAAAAACUAAAUAUUAAAAUGGAUUCAAGUUUACUGCGCUCCGCCGUUCGAGCAUCUGUUCAAGCCUGCAAUGGUUCUGGAUUACCUCCCGGAUUAGCUGAUUUCAAGCCAAAGUAUACAAGUCUUUUUAUCAACAACGAAUUUGUAGAUGCCAAAUCGGGAAAGACUUUUGAAUUUGUUAAUCCAGCCAACGGGAAACUUUUAGCAAAAGUUGCCGAGGGUAACAGAGAUGAUGUUGAUAUUGCCGUUGAAGCCGCCAAAAAAGCCUUUAAAAUUGGAAGCGAAUGGAGAAGAAUGGAUGCUUCACAUCGUGGAGUUCUAUUGAACAGACUUGCCGAUUUGAUGGAGAGAGACAGAGUUAUUUUGGCUUCUCUUGAAUCUUUGGAUAAUGGAAAACCUUAUAAAGAAGCUUACAACAUAGAUCUUCCAAUUUCCAUAAAAACAUUCAGAUACUACGCCGGAUAUGCUGAUAAAAACCACGGAAAAACCAUUCCCGUCGGUGGAGACUAUUUUACAUACACACGGCAUGAGCCAGUUGGAGUUUGUGGUCAAAUUAUUCCGUGGAAUUUCCCGCUUCUUAUGCAAGCAUGGAAACUUGCACCGGCAUUGGCAAUGGGGAACACAGUUGUCAUGAAGGUCGCCGUCAAAACCCCGUUAUCAGCUCUCCACGUGGCAUCGCUGAUCAAAGAAGCUCAAUUUCCAGAAGGAGUUGUGAAUAUUAUUCCAGGGCGUGGAACUGAUGCUGGUGAAGCUAUUGCAUCGCAUAUGGACGUCGAUAAAGUCGCGUUCACUGGAUCCACGGAAGUUGGAAAAACCAUAAUGAAAGCAGCAGCGGAGUCCAAUGUGAAGAAAGUAACGCUCGAGCUUGGAGGAAAGUCACCGAAUAUCGUUUUUGCGGACGCGGAUCUAGAGGAGGCGGUUCGUCAAUCCCAUCACGCGCUGUUUUUCAAUCAGGGACAGUGUUGCUCUGCAGGAUCGAGAACUUUUGUGGAGGGAAAAAUCUACGAUGAGUUUGUGGCAAAGGCAAAGGAACUGGUAGAGAAAACUGUCAUCGGAGACCCAUUCGACGAGAACACUACACAAGGUCCGCAAAUUGAUGAAUCACAAGUUGAGACUAUUAUGAAGUAUAUUGAGUCUGGAAAGAAGGAGGGGGCUCAGCUAGUGACUGGCGGAGUUAAACACGGAGACCAGGGAUAUUUUGUGAAGCCUACCAUCUUUGCAAAUGUGAAUGAUCAAAUGAAAAUCGCACAGGAAGAGAUUUUCGGGCCAGUCAUGAUUGUCAUCAGAUUUGAUUCGAUGGAGGAGUUGAUUGAAAAAGCCAAUAAUACAAUUUAUGGACUGGCUGCUGGAGUGGUGACCAAUGAUUUGAAUAAAGCUCUUCAAGUCGCAAAUACUAUCCGCGCGGGAUCAGUUUGGGUCAACUGUUAUGAUGUUUUUGAUCCUGCUGCUCCGUUUGGAGGAUUCAAACAAUCUGGUAUCGGUCGUGAACUUGGGGAGUACGGUCUUGCGGCGUAUACUGAAGUGAAAACGGUCACUAUUAAAGUUCCACAAAAGAAUUCGUAG